CUGUCAUCUUGAACGACAAGUCAACAGGAGCCGCCAUGAUUUCAGGCAUCCUCAUUUUCAAUCAAAAGGGUGAAAACCUCAUCUUUCGUGCCUUCCGCAAUGACUGCCGCCCUCGUCUCGCCGAUGUCUUCCGUAUCCAGGUCAUCUCCAACCCACUGGUUCGCUCGCCCAUCUUGACUCUUGGAUCGACCACUUUUAGCCAUGUCAAGCACGAGAACAUCUUUAUUGUCGCCGUCACAAAGGGCAAUGCAAAUGCUGCUCUGGUCUUCGAAUUCCUGUACCGCUUGAUUCAAUUGGGCCGCUCCUACUUCGCAAAGUUCGACGAGGAGGCCGUCAAGAACAACUUUGUCCUGAUCUACGAGCUACUCGAUGAAAUCCUCGACUUUGGCUAUCCUCAAAACACAGAUACAGACACGCUCAAGAUGUACAUUACCACAGAAGGUGUCAAGUCCGAGAGAAGUCUGGUCGAAGACUCGUCCAAAAUCACAAUGCAAGCCACCGGAGCAAUGUCGUGGAGACGAGACAACAUCAAGUACCGCAAGAACGAAGCCUUUGUCGACGUCAUCGAAGACGUCAACCUCCUCAUGUCUGCCAACGGCACUGUCCUACGUGCUGAUGUCAAUGGUCAAAUCGAAAUGCGCGCCUACCUCUCGGGCACCCCCGAGUGCAAGUUCGGUCUCAAUGACCGUCUGACCCUGGGUGAAGAAGCCCUGGCCUCGCCCUCUGGGAACAUGGCUGGCACAAAGGCCACAAAAGCUGCUGCUGGUAGCGUCACUCUCGAGGACUGCCAAUUCCAUCAGUGUGUGCGUCUGGGCAAGUUCGACACGGACAGGACGAUUUCCUUUAUUCCUCCCGACGGCAGCUUCGAGCUGAUGCGAUACCGUGCCACCGAGAACAUCAAUCUGCCAUUCAAGGUCCACGCCAUUGUCAACGAGAUUGGGAAAACAAAGGUCGAAUACAGCAUCGCCAUCAAGGCAAACUACGGCUCAAAGCUUUUCGCUACCAACGUCGUCAUCCGCAUUCCGACACCCUUGAAUACCGCCUCUAUCACCGAGCGAACCUCCCAAGGCAAGGCGAAAUACGAGCCCGAGCACAACAACAUAGUGUGGAAGAUUGCUCGUUUCACCGGUGGCUCCGAAUACGUGCUCAGCGCUGAAGCUCAACUCACCUCAAUGACCAAUCAGAAGGCCUGGAGUAGACCACCCUUGAGCUUGAACUUCUCACUGCUCAUGUUUACGAGUUCAGGCUUGCUGGUCAGGUAUCUCAAGGUUUUCGAAAAGAGUCAAUACAGCAGUGUCAAGUGGGUGCGAUACAUGACACGAGCAGGCAGUUAUGAGAUACGUUUCUAAAAACAAUCGGCAAUCGGCAAUCGGCAAUCGACAGUCGUCACGCAUCAUUGGGUCUUUAGCAUGGCGUCUUCUUGUAAGCAAAAGCACAAAAGCAUCUUUGCAAGGGGGGUUUCACCAACGGCGUUUUUUACUUCACCAUUUUCCCAUUACAUCUUUGAGAUACCCGCGUGAUCAGAGGCCAACGUUUGUUUCUGUUUCUCGCUUCUCUUUCUCUCUUGGUCUCUUGAGCAGGGUCACGCAUCCAAUUUUUUCGUUCUAACUGUAUAAAUAAGUGGUUCUUUUCCUGAAGUUGGAAAUCCUGAAGCGAUUGAUGGUAUCUGUCUCAUAUGUGUUGUGAUUCAGGUUGUGUUUCUGUGACAGUGCUGGUCGUGUCGGUU